CAAUAUGCGGGCUUCGUUGUGAAAGAAAAAAUUAGCCAUUUUGUCACAGAAGUACGCAGUAGAAGUGAUGGUAUCAAUAAAAACUAAAGUCGAAUAGCUCGAUAAAUGCUAAAUUCUUUUGGGCCUACUAACAGUGAUUUUAAAACAAUUUUAGGGUCUAAUUUGGCGAGCAGUAAACAUUUUGUUAGCCCUGUUAUCGAGUAGUUUUGUGAAAAGUUUUGUGAACAAUCGGUGUUUUAUAUAUUUGGUGUAAUAAAGUUAUUUUCGAACCAUUUGCAAAAAAUUCAAGUGCUUUCUAUGGAAUAACUUAAAUUUACAGAAAUUCUGGAGGCAAAUAGCGUUUUUCAGAUUAACAUCAUGCGUGAAAACUCUGAGGAUGUCAGCCCACAAGUGUGGAAAGAAUGGAUUCUUGAAGCGAUACGUCGCAUACGAUGUCAGAAACAACGUCCUAGUGUACAGAGAAUUUGCCAGGCGAUUGGCAGUCAUCAUAAAUUCCAUGAAGAUAUUGUCGCUGAGAAACUUGAAGAAGCAGUUGAAGCAGGAGCUGUACUGAAAGUGUACAAUAAAGGCUUACAUUCGUAUAAAGCACCUACUAACAUGCAACGUCGUAUGGUGGUUGUUACAAAUGAAAGUGAUUUGUCACGUCUGGUAGCUAAAGCAGUACGGGAUCUAGGGGAAUGCGAUGGAUCAAGUUUAAAAUCUAUCGAAAACUACGUACAGCAAACAAAUAACUUAAAUAUUAUAUCCGAUACAGAUUAUAAUCAGGUAAUAAAAAAUUCUAUAAGAGCAGCAUUGGCGGAUGGAUCAUUACUGCAAGAAGGCAAACUUUACAAACUUGGAAAUGUAGUGAAAUCUUUUGUUAAGCGAAAAUCUGCCUCACCCAAAAAAAGGAUGGACGGCGAGACAUCAACUAAAAAAACUACUAACAUUGUGUGUGUGGAAUGCUUGGGAACAGAGACAAAGGGUCCAACUGGAAUGCCCGAACCGUUGAGUUCCUGUAGCGGUUGCGGUAUGUCGCUACAUGACAAAUGUGCUAAUAACGGUGUGACUACCGUUCCGUUAGUUGCGUUAUGUUGGAAAGGCAGCAAGUGGUUCUGUGAAGAAUGUAGAUCCUGCGACGCCUGCUCAACUCAAAAUGAAAAAGGUCCAUGUGUGUUGAGGUGCAACGAUUGUAUAAAGAUGUUUCAUUUUUCUUGUAUGGAUCCUGAAGUGACUGAUGCUAAGAAAGUUAAAACUUGCUGGAGAUGUGCCUCCUGUUUAAAUGUAUAUAACAAAGAUAAAUCUGAGGUGGAAGCCGUGCAAUGUGAUACAGUUUUAAGGAAACGUCCCGAAGCCCGCUUGGAUAAGCUAGAAGCAAGAAAAAAGAAAAGGGGUGCUUCGAUUCUGGAUAAUGAAACACUAUCAGUUAUUCAAUCAGUUAAAAGAAACAUGUUAUCUCCUGUGCCAGGAAGUUCUACUACUUUAGUGAAAGCUUCAAAGUCGAAUUCUACAGGGUCUAGCACUGCACGUCGAAUAAAACAACAACAACAACAUUUGUCAUCGCCUGAGCCUUCUGACUGGAACGAGGAACUGCCCGGUAAACCUUUCAAUAAUUUUUCAUCUACUCUUGUUCCAAACUCGAUGAUGGUGACAAUGAUGUCUAAAACUGGUGUGAAUGGAAAAAAUUUGUUUUUAAAUUAUAAUACGCCCUUGUUUUCUCGCGAACGGAUGGAUUUUCAUCUGUCAAAUAAGCAACAAAUGUUAGCAACUUCAGAUUGUAUGUCAGACGAAGUAUUACGUCUUUCUGGUUUUACAAAUAAACGAUCAAAAAACAAAGUGAAACCAACCACUGACAAGUCUCAAACCACGAAAAAACAUGUUGGAAAUUUUUAUAGCAUGCUUGGAACUGUUGUCGGCGAUGUCAAAACAAAAAAUCAGACAGAUUGUUCUCCACGUUCUGAUCACGAUUCAAAUUGCAAAGUGAACUGUCGCGAUGUUCAACUGACCGAAACAUCCUCAGAAUCGUCAAGUAGCGACAAUGAAGAUGACAAUAACAGUACAAGCGGUAGCUAUAGUAGCAGCUCGGAUAGCAAUGAUUCUAAUGAAACUGAUUGCUCAUCCGAUGAUCAAGAAAAUGAUCUAGGAGCACCAUCAAAUAUUUAUAAAAACUGUGAUAAUAUACACUGGACUGCUAAUACAAGAAGCAACAAAUCACAAAUCGGAUCUGUUACACUGCAAGGAACUUUAGGAGUAAAUGAGCGUAAUAAAUUACCGGCGGCAUUUGUGACUAAUGUGCCAAGCACAAAUGAGUCAUGGGGUUUUGCCGCUGAAGCAAAAAAAAAUAUUGACAUAUUUAGUUGUAAAUCUAAAAACAAUGAAAAUCAAGCUUCUUCGCACAAUUGUACAAAAAAUGACACUAUUAAUCAAAACUCCAACAUAGUGGACGAGUCUAAUAAUCGGCUGCAGGACUUCUUUGUACAAAGUAAUUAUGUUAAAAACGUUAAUAAUAACGUUUGUUCAAUGAUCCGGUCACCGGUGUCUCCUGCUCGAAAUAAAAAGACAUACAAAGCAGGAAGCACAGCUUCUGAAUCAGAAAUAAAACGAGCACAUGCAAAGCAUUUAGAUAAAAGAGACCUGGAUUCUAACAAGAGUACAAUUUUAAGUCGCUGUUUUUCAUCGCUAAAACAGAACCAACAGAUGAGCAAAGAUAAAUAUAAUCUCUUCAUGAUUUCCAUUGGAGAAGAAGGAAUGCCAGAUAAAUUAUCACCCAGCAAACUUGUAAAAAAAGCUGUCAAUGAAAAGCGUUUCGAAUCACAAAAUAAAGGUUUGCUCUUUAAAAAUGAUUCACAAAUUAUCAAAAUGUUACACACCGAAAAUAUCGACAGCUACGAUAGUCUCAAUGUUAGUAACAGCAGUGGUAAUGCUUUAGUUAAUGGUGUUUCAGUAUACCAUUAUUCAAUCAACAAUAGUUCGCGCAAAGCGGCAGCAGAUAGAAAAGCUGAUUCAUCUGACGCAAUACAACACGUGCCAACAUACACCAAAACUCCCUCUAAAAUGGAGCAACCUCCUCUCCCGAAUGGGGUAACGCAAAAAGAUGCUGAACUCUAUAAACAAGUCCGGGAACAGGCCGCCAGUUCGCUUGCAGAGAUGAUGCGGCUAGAUGCACAGACGUUUGCUAAAACUACUACACCAGAGCCUUCAACAUCGCCGAAAAAAUCUAACCUCGUAGCUACAAUGCAAAGUCCGUCAAAGUUUAUGGCUGCCCAAGAGCGCUGCCCUGCAGCUAUAGAGUUUGGCAAAUACGAGAUUCAAACAUGGUAUUCCAGUCCUUUUCCUCAGGAGUACGCCAGGUUACCUAAGCUUUUUCUUUGUGAGUUUUGCCUGAAGUACACCAAAAGUAAGGCAGUCCUGCAGAGACAUCAAGAUAAGUGCUCAUGGCGUUAUCCUCCUGGAACCGAAAUAUAUCGGUGCAACGAUAUUUCAGUUUUCGAAGUAGAUGGUAAUGCUAACAAGAUAUAUUGCCAAAAUUUGUGCUUAUUGGCAAAGCUAUUUCUGGAUCACAAAACAUUGUAUUAUGAUGUAGAACCAUUUUUGUUUUAUGUACUAACUAAAUAUGACAGGAAGGGUUAUCAUUUAGUUGGUUACUUUUCGAAGGAAAAACACUGUCAGCAAAAGUACAAUGUAUCGUGCAUAAUGACGAUGCCGCAGUAUCAGCGACAGGGUUUUGGAAGAUUUCUGAUUGAUUUCAGUUACCUCUUGAGUCGUGAAGAAGGUCAACCCGGUACACCCGAGAAACCGUUGUCCGACCUAGGUCGCGUGUCGUACCAUGCGUAUUGGCGAUCAGUAACUUUGGAAUAUCUGUUUCAAAACCGAAAUCGACCCGUAUCAUUACGGACAAUUUCACAAGACACGGGAAUUGUGAUUGCAGAUGUAGCCUUAGCCUUUCAAUUGUUAAAUUUUGUAAAAUAUUUAAAAAUAGCUCAAGAUGGGUUUAAAGUGUACCAACCGCUAAUAUGUGUUGAUUGGGAUGUGGUGAAUAAACACUGCGAAAGAGUAUUUAGUUCCAAUAUGAGACGCACCAUCGAUAAGGAAUGCUUGCGUUGGACACCUCUAUUGUCCUCGGCAUCGUAUUUUCCGGAACACGACCUUUUAGCUCCCGAUGCGUCACCAAGAUAUGAUAAACGGUAUAAACAGGAAAUUGUCGAAGAAGGAGUUAUAGUUCAAGAACCUGAGACAGCAAAACACCCGAUUUCUGUAGUGGCUGCCCUUCAAAGUGACGUUUGUGAGGAAUUUAGGGGCAUAAAAAAGCGAGGCAAAAGAUACUCAUCAGUAAGGCCAACUAACUUGUAUAAAAAAAUGGAAAAGCAAGUUCCGGUUGUCUUAGACUCACCAAUUACUAAGUCAGUUGAGAAACCCGAUCGAACAAUAAUAGAAUCUACUUCGUCCGGUCGUAAGCGUCUGAGGCCCUUUAAAUUUCAUGAGGCUAUUUAUGAUUCCGCUGCUAAACCCAUGUCAGUUGAAUCAAAUCACAGUACCCUUGUACAAAGUACUAAGAAGUGUAAGCGAUCGGAAUUAUUAGAAAUAGGCGAGAGAGAAAGCAAACGUCUAAAGUUAGAACAGGAACAAGGGCUACCACUGAAAGAUUUAUUGCCACAUAAAAUUCCCGUGGGACAAAUAAAUGAUCAGAACAAAUCUAGAGAUGAUUCUCAGACUGAAGAAGAUAAAGAUAGUUUGCUUGAAUGCAAAUCCUUAGAACUCAGUAAAGCGAAAGGUACUCCUGCUUCAGGCAAGGACUUUUCAGGUAAAGAAUGCCUCACCAUGACAACCGACAAAACAGCAAGUGAAAGUGUUGAUAUUGCCUUUCAACCUAAAGCUGCAAUGGUCCCACAGAAGCUAAAACGACAGACAUUUAAACGAUUUGGUAAUCGAAGUUCCAGUCAUAAAGUCAAAACUUCUGUACAUGAAACAAGUUUUGAUAAUGACAGGCGCAGUUCUUCAUUAGCAAAAAAGCAAUCGACUCUUCCAGAAAUACUCCGAAACAAAUUGCAUACUCAUCGCUCUUCGCUGGAAGAAAAAGUCGGCGCAGCCGAAAAAGAGUUAUAUUUACAAUAUGAUGAUAAAAAAUGUUCAUCUAAAGAAGCUUUAUGUGAAAGUUUAGUUCUAUCAUCGAGAGACAGACAACGGGUGGAUAGCUCGAAACUUACUUCAUCUAGCGAGGUAUCGUCGGGUGAAGCAGAUGAUGAAAUGGAAGAUGAAACCGUCAACCACAAAAAACGCCUUUCUUCAAAAGAAGCAUUUUCUAUGGUCAAAAGCUCGUAUGUUGAUAAAUUAGAUGUUCCGAUUGACGAAAACAAAGAUCUCCUUGGUGGCAGCGGACAAAAAGAGCAACAUUUUCAAACAAUCGAUGAGCCACACUUGAAACCCAUGCUUGAAACAGAUUCUAAGCAAGCACAAACAAGUAACGAAACACGGAAGGGAGAAAAUGAAGCCCAAUCCCAAGUUGAAGAGAAACACGUGAAAAAUGAAACGUCAAACAACCAAGAGUUAAAUCAAAUGAUCAAAAACGAUGAGCCGUUUGGUUUAAACAAUUUGCAUGACAUUGCUAGUAAUAUGCCAGAAAAUAAGAUACAGGUUCCUGGUAACGAUACAUCUUCAUCAAAACAAUUUGAUGCUGAAACCGAAAAGGAGAUGAGCGCAGACAAAAAUGAUAACAAAGACGAUGACUGUAAAAUCAUAAAGCCCUUAAGUAAAUCAACGCUCGAGAGUAAUUUACCAGAGGCAGACCAUUCGAUUUCUAGUAUUGUUAGUGAAACAAUUUUGAUUGAUCAGCAUAUUUCGAAAGACAACAAAGAAUUAUCCCGUAACGAAAAAGUUGAGUUUUUUGAAAGUGCUGCAAAUAACUCUUCUGCAACUGAUUUAAGCAUGGAUGUGCCAUUCACAACUCAGAAUGCAAGCGGGUCACGAACAGUUAAUGAAAAGCAGAAAGAAGGAAGUACAGAGUCUAGUGAUAUAAAUGGCAGUAGCAAGGAAUCAUUUUUCGCUGAGUUAAGUGAAAAAAUUUCCGUCAUUACAGAGUCAAAGUCUGGAGUCGGCAAGGAAACAGCCAUCGAGACGGAACCUAAUGUCAACGAAAGAAAAUUAGAAGGUGAGAAUACAGCAAUGAUAAAAGAUAAGGAUGCAAGCAAAAUAGUAUCUACAUGUUUAACGAUUGAAUCACAGCAACAUGUGUUUUUUCCUUCCGUAAUCCCCAACAUCGAAGGAACAGCUAGCAAUAACACGACAAGUGUGCUAAUGGUUAAUGAGAACUACGAUAAAAACUUAGAUAAUAGAAGACCAAAAAUUAUUGUUGAUGUAAAGUCAUCUACUAAUGACUGUGAAGCUGUUGAUAAAAAACCCGAGAUAGUUGAUCCAGUCGAAAAAACUGUUGAAAACAAAACUUUGAUCAAAGGUAAACCCAAAGAUUUUGGUAAUAAAUUGGAAGAAGGAGAACUCUUAUUCGAAGAAAAUGUAAUACCAAUUCCGCUUGCAGUAACGCCAUUUGAAAUUGGAGGGUCUCAUAAAAAGAAAUUUAUUAAAAAUGCUGCUGAAGAAGCUAGUAAGCAGCACCUUGCAGAGGCCGAACAGCAUAAAGAAAUGUCAGUUAUUCAACAGUGUGAAGAUGUAAAAAAUUAUAAUUUAUCGUCGACUUCAGUAACCAGUUCGAUCGCUAGCAAACGUGAAGAAAAACAGGAGCAGACAUGCGCUAACCCAGUAAUUGAUAUAAAAAAAGAACCUUCUCCAGCCAAAUCUUUGAAAACUGAUGUAGAUUUGCCUGAUAAACAACAAAGUAGCGACAAACCCAAAACAUCUGAAUCUAAAACACUGACUACAUGUCAUGAAGUUCAAACAAACUUUGAUAAUUUAUCAAAAAACUCCGCUGAUUCUUCGAAGAAGGCAAAGGAGAAAAGUUCCAUUGUUGAAGAUGGAAAGAAAAAUAAAAUAGAACUUAAACGCACUCAAAAUACUACUUCAAAAGAAUCAAAAAACGAUGCAAAGAUUAGAGCCGAACAAGAGAGUUAUAGUAGUAGCGGUAAUGCUGUGAGCUGUACAUCUGUUCCACUUAAGAGGCCUGAGAGUAUAAAAAAAGAAGCACUUAAAAGCGCAUCGACCUCGAAUGUUGUCAAUUGCACUAAGAAUACCUACGUGACUGAUCAAACGAAACCAAAUCCCGCAACAGAUAAUGGCAAGAUUAGUAUAAAUGCAUCUGCUGGCGGUAUUAAUGCUCGUGCGGAGAAAUACACUUCAAAACAUUCGAUACACGAUUCAAAAACCAUUGAUCUCAAUAAAAUAGCUCCUCAAUUUCCGGCAAUUAAUCAAUUGCCUAACUAUCACACUACUUCGCAAUAUUGGCAACUAGAUCCCUACUAUCAAAGCUACAAUCUUUCACACUUAGAUGCAUCAAACCAAAAAUCUCCUAAUAAAUUUCACCUUGACUUGGCAACAUCAAUGGCGUAUGGUAGCUUCCCAUCAAAUCUAUAUCAAACUGCAUUUCAACAACACCAGGAGCAGCAAUAUCAGCAACAUCAGCAAUCAUAUCAAGUGAAAGAACGAUCGAACCAAAGAUUAGACAAAAAAUGUUUAUCGGGUCAAAAUAACGUUAACUCUGAGUUACAUAAGAAUACUAAAAGUGCGAAAGCAAUAGAAGAACCGAAAUACAGUAAAAGUAACAUCGAGCAUCAAAUGCAGCAACAAUUGACUGGUGUCAACAUGACCGUUGGUAUGGAAGGUAGUUCGUGCGCAAAAUCAACAAGUUCACAAUUUGGUGGGCACAAUUCAAUAAAAACAAAUUCCAAGGCCAAAAUAGACCAUAAAGCGAACGAAAAUUGCAUUAUUAACAAAUCAAAUCAACAGCAGAACGAGCAGACUGCGCAUACUAACCAACAGACUAAUUCCUGUCAAAUGGCGGCCAUACAGCAACAACAACAUCACAAUCAACAAAUGUUGAAUAAAAAUAUCCAGCAACAGAUUGUUCCGGCUAAAGCAGGUUUUCAAGGCGAUGAGUUAAAUCAAGACAAUACAAGCAAUAAUUCCAGUAUCCCGAGCUCAGAUAUGAAACACCAACAACAUAGUCAAAAUGAGGUACAAUCUAUCGGAGUUUAUACACCAGACUCAACGACCAAUUCUGUGCAUAGUCUACAUCAGUAUGGUCAAUGUGAUUUGGAUGUUACUCAGUUAGGAUUGGAAUCACCUGCUAGUAUCUCAAGUGACAUUAAUACUCAAAGUUCUGUGGAAAGUCUAAGACCCUCAAGUGUAUCGCAUCAAGUAAAUGCAUAUUCAGAUUGCUCGCUUCAACAACAGCAGCAACAUCAAUCUCAAAUGCAACAGAUGAAUAUGCACACUCACGUUCCAGCUUCCAGUCCACAGCAAGCGAUGACAAUUAUUAACGGUAAUCCAAGUAUGGAAAAUGCCGGUACGACAGGUCGAGGUAAAGUUCAACAGCAACAGCUAACGCAUCAAAACAACAGAAGCUCUGCUAAUAAUCGAUCUACGACUCCAAAAGUCAGCAGAAACACAUCUACCCCUGUAAGCAAUCAUCAGCAACAGCAACAAAGGCAUCAAAAUCGCUCCACUCCACCAGUUGGGAAUGCUAUACCUCCAUUGGCAAGUCCUGGUCAUCACCAACAACAUCAGCAAACACAACAACAGUCGAUGCAACAUCAAAAUGUAGCGCAACAACAUCAGCAUCAACUAGCUUUGCAGCAACAAAUGCAUCAAUCAUAUGGUCAUAUUUCGGGAGCUUCUUUGAACCAUCAAAAUCAUUCGCAAAACAUGCACCAGUCCGGUUAUAUUACAUCACAAUUAGGCAUCUCUAGUCAAGGUUAUCCUCAAUCACCUACAUCCUAUGGAAGCGUGCCGAUGACCACUGUGAUACAGCACAGAAUGUCUGGGAGUCAUACAAGUUUAGCGACACCUAAUAGUCUCCACAGCCCCCAUCAACGUCUUGGACCUUCGCCUUCUUCAUGUGCCGUUUCGUCAGCCAACAAUUUUUACAUUCAAUCUGGAAGUGCUAGUCAUCAACAGUCGCAUACACCAAUACCAGCACCUACGCCCACGCCCACUCCAACACCAACACCAACACCUCAAAUUGACAACAGCUGCCAAUCAGGCAAUAUUCAAGGAACAGUAAGUCAAGGUCCAUCUUGUAAUACACCACCGGCCGGAGCAGUCAAUAUUACACCACCGCCAAAUCAUCAUUCACAUGUUGGUGGUGCACUUACCCCUUCUCCUUCAUCUAUAAUGAGCCAGCAAAAUACGGUUAGAAACAUUUCAACGCCCCCGGCGUCGAUUCAAACCCAAAUGCCGUCCUUAAAUUAUCACAAAUAUUACACUGGAAAUAUGAACGUGUCGCCAAUUGCUGGAUCACAAAAUAGUCGCUUAUCGCGAAAUACGGCAUCAGCUCCUAUUCAACAUAUGAGUAACACUUCGAGUCGAGUUAGUCCAAACGUCCCUAUUAGUCCCAAUCUCAUGUCGCCGUACAGUACAUUAAAUACCUAUCGUAUGUCAGCUGCUCAAACUUCUAGCACGGGUGGAUACAUAGCGAACCCAACUGCCGGGUUUAUUAACAAUGCAACACAAAUUCCAGUACAAAUGGGAGUUAUGAAUAUGCAAUCACAGUACCAAGACCCUUCGGCAAUACAACGGGCUCAACAAAACUCGAUGUAUCCAGCCGCGUAUUCGGCGUAUUUACCUCCCAUGAGACGAUAGAAGUAAUGGCUAUAUAUUAUAGAAUACUAGAGCGACUUACAAAAUCGUCUCUUUGAGUUUACAUAAGUCGAUUCUUUUGAUAUAAUAUGGCUUAUCUUUCCAAUGUUUUUUUUUAUCUGUCCGUCCGUCCGUACAAUCUGUUUUGUUGAACAAAACUGUUUUCCAUUUACGUUGAUCUCAAAAUUUAACAAGUUGUUAGCAAAACAUCUUCUCGAUGAAGCCAUUACCUUUGUAUAGAAAUGUAAAAUAUGUAUGGAUAAUUAAACGAAUCGAAUGAAUUAUUCUUUCUCACCUGUUAAAAAUGUAAAGUACUAUAAAUAUCUAACUUUGUUUAGAUUACUAAACUAAGAGCUGUUGCUGUAAGUGUUAUAUUUUAAAGUAAGCAUAUAAAUAGGUAUUGAUAAGAAAAACGUAAAGUUCAACUAGGUUUACCCUAAUACGAAUUACGUAAUUGAAU